UGAGAUGGACAGGGAGGGAGACACCGGCUUACGACGUCAAAGGAGUACAGACACACAGGGAAGAGGAGAGGACAGCCAGACUGCCAGACUGCCAAUUCCCUACGGUCCGCUGAAUUAGGGAAGUCUAAAGACUCAUCUGUCACAAGACCCUCUUUUUAGCCACGCCAGUAAGAGAUUGGUUUUAUUUUUUUUUAUUUAUUUUUUUUAAUUUUUUUCCUAUUCAAGAAAAGAGAAAUCCGGGGCAUCUGUGUGAAAACAGUAGUGGAAAAAAACCAAGAUCUCGUAAAAUUCGCUCAUGCCGAAUAAAGGACCUCGGCUGGAUGUUAGUUGUGUUGUUUUAGGGGGCGUGCGGGCCUAACUUGUUACAGGAUUCAGAGACGGACAGAUGAACUGAGAAAUAAUAAUAACCAAACAGGAAGGAAGAAGACACGUCAAACCAGAUCACUCCGAUUUUUUUUAAAUACCACGACCAGCACCACAGACUUCUCAAUGAAGGAGCCUGACGCAAUCAAGCUCUUCAUCGGGCAGAUACCCCGAAACCUGGAGGAGAAGGACCUGAAGCCCAUCUUCGAACAGUUUGGGAAGAUCUACGAGUUAACGGUGAUUAAGGACAAGUACACGGGGAUGCACAAAGGAUGUGCCUUCCUCACGUACUGUGCACGAGAAUCAGCCCUCAAAGCCCAGAAUGCAUUGCACGAGCAGAAGACCCUACCAGGGAUGAAUCGCCCGAUCCAGGUGAAGCCGGCGGACAGUGAGAGCAGAGGGGAAGACAGGAAGCUGUUUGUGGGCAUGCUGGGGAAACAGCAGACGGACGCUGAUGUGAGGAAAAUGUUUGAGCCGUUCGGCAGCAUAGAGGAGUGCACGGUGCUGCGUGGGCCUGAUGGGACCAGCAAAGGGUGUGCAUUUGUAAAGUUCCAGAGCAACGCAGAAGCCCAGGCCGCCAUCAACGCUCUGCAUGGGAGUCGCACCUUACCUGGCGCCUCGUCCAGCCUGGUGGUCAAGUUUGCGGAUUCGGAGAAGGAGCGGGGACUGAGGCGGAUGCAGCAGGUGGCCUCUCAGCUGGGGGUCAUCAGUCCCAUGACCCUGCACCUUGGGGCUUACAACGCCUAUACACAGGCCCUGAUGCAGCAGCAGGCCUUGGUGGCUCAGUCGGCCUAUCUCUCUCCUGUUGCCACGGUGGCGGCUGUUCAGAUGCAGCAGCUCGCCGCGCUCAACCCCAGCAGCAUCAUCGCCACGCCGAUUGCAUCCAUCACCCCGUCCUCAGGUACCAGCACUCCUCCCUCCAUCGCGGCCACGCCCGUUCCUGCUCUGCCUCCGCCCAUUGCGGUGAACAGCUACCCCUCUGUGGCAGCUCCACCCAAUGGCCAGUCAGCCACAGAAACCCUGUACACUAACGGAGUUCAUGCAUAUCAAGCUCAGAGUCCGGUCCUGGAUCCCUUGCAGCAAGCGUACACAGGCAUGCAGCACUACACAGCCACUUACCCUGCUGCCUACAGCCUGGUGGGGCAGCCGUUCCCCCACCAGCCCACCCUGGUGGCUCAGCAGCCGCCGCAGCCUCAACAGCUCCAGCAAAGAGAAGGUCCAGAGGGUUGUAACAUCUUCAUCUACCACCUGCCGCAAGAGUUCACCGACUCUGAGAUCCUUCAGAUGUUCCUGCCCUUCGGAAAUGUCAUUUCCGCAAAGGUCUUUGUCGACCGAGCCACCAACCAGAGUAAAUGCUUUGGUUUUGUGAGCUUUGACAACCCAUCCAGCGCCCAGACUGCCAUCCAGGCCAUGAACGGCUUCCAGAUCGGCAUGAAGAGGCUGAAGGUGCAGCUGAAGAGGCCCAAGGACGCCAACAGGCCUUACUGAAGGAGGACAACGUAAGAAGUCAAUCAAGAAAACCACUUGGGGGACGUCCCAGCCUUGUUUGGUUGUUUUGACCAACCGUAUAGCACAGGAGCAACACUUCACAACAAGCAGUAUCCCGUGUAUGCGCUUACAGAAACAACAUUAACCGCUGUAAAGCCAGCAACAAACUCAUUGACAGACUCCGCAUCCACACAGUAUCCGAAGUGCUCCAGAGUUCCUAUCAUUCCACAGCUGGAUCCAUUUAUAUUAUGUACAUACUCUAUCGUCGGCAACAAGAUAUACAUGUUAAGAAAAAAAAAAGCAUAUCAAUUAUGUUAUUCUACUGAACAGGGUUCUAAUGUAUAGUGUGAUUUGUGGUCUAUGGCGCCAAGAAAAGGCCAGUCUACACAGUCGGCGGCAGAAGAAAAUACUAUUCUGUAUGAUUGCCAUUGGUAAUAUUGUUAUGUAGAGUUAGUUUUAUUAAUUAUAAGUAAAGUAAAAACAUGGAGUGGUUAAAAGUGGAAGCGACAUGGAUUUCCUCUCGCUGUAUAUACCUUGGUUUAAAAAUGGAGGACUUAAAAACUUCUCAAAGUAACACUCUCUGCUGCCACUACGUUUAAAAAUAAAACAAAAUGGAAGGAAGGGCUGGGAAUUUUUCUAUCUUGAUUUUUUACGUUUAAUUUAUUUGGUAAUCCAUUCGAUUGCGGGGGUGAUGUAAAAGUUUCUUUCUUUUUUUAUUUAUGAAGGGGGGAAAAAGAGAAUAUUCCUGUGGUCUUUACAACAAUGAACACAAUUAUUAUAGAGUUUUUAAUUGCAUAAAUGUACCUAUGGAAGUAACAAAAAAAAACAUUUUUCUUUAUUUAUUCUCUACAAUUGCUGUUUUAAAACAUAUGUCUUUAAAAGAAAAUAAAGUACAAUUUAGAAAAAAAA